AUGAAACCCGAAAUCAUUUUCACUGCUUUAAUGUUUAUCACCAUUGUCUUAUCCGUGAGAAGUCGACCUGUGUAUGAUAGCGAGUCUGAUAUACAAACAUUAAGAAAUUAUUUUGUUGAAUCUCCAAGUUACUCGGACCUGUUGGCACUGUUGGUCAAUUCCAAGACAUUGUUAGACAAGCAGAAGGAACAUCAUCAUCAUCAUACCACGAGAUAUCGAACGAAGCAAGCCACAACUGACAAACAUCAUUUGGUGCCGCUCCCAACUCGACCAAUAGGUCGCCGCACGCGAUUAUCCAGUUCCUACGGACGAAAAUCUCAUUGGGAUACGUUUUUUGGAUAG